AUGGAUGGCCGCCGCAGCGCCUGCAGGAUCACAUUCCCCGCCGAGAGGAUCUCGUUUGGUCUCCCCAACAACCCGGGCCGGAGGUGCUGCUACGGGGUCCAUUUUAUGGUGGGGGACAUCGAGGCAGACAAGAGCCAACAGGCCACGGCGGUCGUCCAGCUCUUCGGACGUCCUCCUGGUCAUGUCGUGGCCCGUCACGUGCCCUCGAGGGAGGGACAGACAGACAGCCCCUCCGAUGCCUUCUUUGCCGCCUCAGAGAGGGCAGCUCGAACAGUCUGUACAAGCACGCUGGGCAAUGUGGAGCACGGGAACCAGUACCAGAUCAAGCUCAUGUACGAGCACAACCUUCAGCGGAUCGCCUGCAACAUGACCUAUGGCUCCUUCGGCGGCGUCAAAGGUCGAGACUUGAUUUGUAUCCAGUCCAUGGAUGGGAUGCUUAUGCUGUUUGAGCAGGAAAGUUAUGCUUUUGGGCGGUUUCUCCCUGGCUUCCUUCUGCCUGGCCCUCUUACUUACAGCUCCCGGACAGAUUCCUUCAUCACCGUCUCGUCCUGCCGCCAUGUCGAGAGCUACAAGUACCAAGUCCUCGCCUUCGCCACAGACGCAGAUAAGAGGCAAGAUUCAGAGCAGCAAAAGCUCGGCUCUGGGAAGAGGCUGGUGGUGGACUGGACCCUGAACAUCGGCGAGCAGGCCCUGGACAUCUGCAUCGUCUCCUUCAGCCAGUCGUCCUCGUCCGUCUUCGUCCUGGGCGAGAGGAACUUCUUCUGCCUCAAGGACACCGGGCAGAUUCGCUUCAUGAAGAAGCUGGACUGCAGCCCCAGCUGUUUCCUGCCCUACUGCUCAGUGUCGGAAGGAUCCAUCAACACCCUGAUCGGGAACCAUAACAACAUGCUGCACAUCUACCAGGACGUCACCCUGAAGUGGGCCACGCAGCUGCCGCACGUCCCCGUCGCGGUCAAGGUGGGCUCUUUGCAAGACCUGAAGGGAGUGAUCGUCACGCUGAGCGACAAGGGCCACCUGCAGUGCUCCUACCUGGGCACAGACCCGUCGCUCUUCCAAGCCCCGAAGGUGGACUCCAGAGAAAUCAACUACGAAGAGCUGGACGUGGAGAUGAAGGAGCUGCAGAAGGUCAUCAGGGACGUCAACAAGUCCCCGGGUUCUUUGUCCCUAACGGAGUCAGAAGACCACCUGUCGAUUUUUGCCACCGUCUGCCCCAACCUGGACAAUGUGUCUCAAGCCACCAGCUAUGAAGUAGGAGCCGAAGCCGUCCCCUCCGUCACAGUGAAGGUCAUGAUACAGAGCCGGAUAGCCUUGCAGAAGACGAAGUUGUCUGUUUAUGUGGAACCACCGUUAGCAUCGACCUGUGACCACUUCAUCUUUGACGCCUUGGAGCCAGAGAUGAUGAAAACCAUUAACUUCUCUGUUUUCCUGAAGGGGAAUUACCUGCCUUCAGAACUGGAAGGCACUGCUGUGGCCUCAUAUAGCAUGUCCACAGACCUCAAUCCAGAUGGUAUUCCUCGAGUUGUCCAGUGUAAAUUCAGACUGCCCCUGAAGUUAAUAUGCUUGCCAUAUCAGCCUUCAAAAAUGGCAAGUCACAAGCUAACGAUUGACACGAACAAAUCUCCUAUCAGCCUUGUCAUGCUCUUCCCAGGCUUUGCUAACCAGGUAGACGACGAUCAGGUGAACGUGCUGGGCUUCCGCUUCAUAACUGGCUCCCGAGUCACCGUCCUCGCAUCCAAGACCUCCCAACGCUACCGCAUCCAGAGUGAACAAUUCGAGGACCUUUGGCUCAUCACCAAAGAGCUCACUCUUCGGCUUCAGGACCAUUUUGAAAAACAGGGAAUCAAAGAUUUCACUUGCUCUUUCUCAGGGUGCAUCCCUCUACAAGAAUAUUUUGACCUCAUUGACCAGCAUUUUGAGCUCCGACUGAAUGGAGAAAAAGUUGAAGAACUGUUAUCAGAAAGAGCCAUCCAGUUCAGAGCUAUUGAGCGACGCCUGCUGACCAGGUUCAAAGAUAAGACUCCUGCCCCGCUCCAGCAUCUGGACACCUUGUUAGAUGGGACGUACAAACAGGUGAUCGCCCUGGCGGAUGCAGCCGAGGAGAACCAUAGCAACCUCAUGCGGUCCUUCACCAGGCUCAAGAGUGCCACCCACCUGGUGAUCAUGCUGCUCGGUCUGUGGCAGAAGCUCAGCGCUGACCAGAUUGCCAUUCUGGAGGCUGCUUUUUUGCCAUUACAGCAGGACUCCCAAGAUUUGGGCUGGGAGGAGACAGUGGAUGCUGCGGUGGCUCACCUGCUCAAGACGUGCCUCUCGAAGAGCCCCAAGGAGCAGGCCUUGAACCUCACAAGCCAGCUGAACAUCCCCAAGGACACGAGCCGUCUGAAGAAGCACAUCACCCUGCUCUGCGACCGCCUCGCCAAAGGGGGCCGCCUCUGUUUAAGCACAGACGCCUCGGCUCAGCAGACCAUCGUCAUGCCAGGUGGCUGUGCUACCAUCCCAGAACAAGAUGCAGAAGAGAGAGUGACCGAGCAGGACCCAAGCGGUAUGUUCCCGAGUUCCAGUCACCUGGCGAUCCAGACCCUCAAGCCAGAAUCUGCUCCCACUGCCGUGUUUCAGGAAUAAUCCGAGUGGAGCCGUCCCGUUGUAGGAGCUGAACCUCCCCAGGGUGGCCAGUUGGGG